GAAGAACGAUGAGAAAGCGCAAGUCCUGCGGACAGUGGAGUUACCAAACUUCUACGCUGUUCAGUAGUUAAAAGAAUCAAGCUUUCAUAGUUGGAGGCGGUAUUUGUGAACUUUCCCCCAACACAUUUACAACAAAUGGCAACUCAGAUUCCGACAAACGUUUCGAGCGUUAAAGCAGGUUGUGUGACGGCGGCCGGGAGAACACAGCUAGCGGCCGCUAGCUCAGCUGCGCUGCGGCUCAAGAAACGUCCCGGUAGCCCGGCAACGAGCUGCCUCUCACAGCAAACCAGCGGCAACAGCAGCAAAAAGAAGAAGGGCCAGUUCCCAGCAAACACAACACAAACCCAGGUGGUGGCAGUUGAGGCAGUGGCUGAGAUGAAGCCAGUGGGAACAGCAGACAACGCCCCAGCCAUGCCAGACACCACUUCUAAGCCCCCGCCCUUCAAAGAUCCCAGUUUUAUGCAUUCUGGGAUUGGCGGCGCAGCGGCAGGCAAAAAGAACCGGACCUGGAAGAAUCUCAAACAGAUUCUGGCUUUGGAGCGGACUUUACCCUGGAAGGUCGAUGAUCCCAACUACUACAACAUUGAUGCGCCUCCCUCCUUGAAGCCUGCCAAGAAAUACUCUGAUAUCUCUGGACUUCCUGCAAACUACACCGACCCCAAGACCAAGCUACGCUUCGCCUCCUCUCAGGAGUUCUCCUACAUCCGCUUCCUCUCGUCUGAUGUCGUCACUGGCUACCUCGCACUCCGAAAGGCUACCUGCAUCGUCCCUUGAUACGCCAGUGAGGCCUUAUAAACUGUUACGGCCUCACCGUGCCAAACGCACACUUCAUUCAGUGCUGGAAGCCCUCAUACCUGGCAGAGAGACACAGGAGGCAGAGACGGAGAGACAAUAAGCUGUGUAAACAGAAAAGGUAUGCUGCAGGAGCCCGCAGGCUGGCCACCACAACGCGGCUGCACUGAUGGAAAAUGGACCACCGUACCAGGCAAAACUUGACUGAAAAGUGGUCUCAAAGAUAAGCAAAUGAAUUUAGUAUUUUUUGGUAUCUCAGCCCCGA